AGCUCGCGCUCCCGGGCCGUGGGGGCGAGAACGCCGGCGGCGAGCCGGCGUCGCUCGCCGCCCCCGUCAGUGGCAAACUUCGCGGCGUCCCCGGAGCCGGUCCGGGCGAGACCGACCUCUCCCCAGUAAAACCAAACCCAGUUUCCCCUUCCCGCCCCGAACCGCGGGGCUGCGGCCGCUGGAGUGCCCCCGCCGCGGCGGCCCCGGCCCGCUAGCCGGGGACCAACAGCGCCACAGCGAGCGAGCGGGCGAGCGAGGCGGGGAGAGGGAGUCUCUGCAAAGUGCUGCUCCCUGGUGCUCAGAGGCGGCUGCUCCAGCUCCGACUCUCAUUCAUUUCGCCGGUUAACAUGAGAGAUCAUGGCCGCCUUCGGGCUUCUCAGCUAUGAGCAGAGACCGCUGAAGCGCCCCCGGCUCGGGCCGCCCGAUGUCUACCCGCAGGACCCCAAGCAGAAGGAGGACGAGCUCACGGCCGUCAACGUGAAGCAGGGCUUCAGCAACCAGCCGGCCUUCACGGGGGACGAGCACGGCUCUGCCCGCAACCUGGUGAUCAACCCCUCAAAGAUUGGAGCUUAUUUUAGCAGCAUAUUAGCUGAGAAACUAAAGCUUAACACUUUCCAGGAUACCGGAAAGAAGAAACCCCAAGUUAAUGCUAAAGAUAAUUAUUGGCUGGUUACUGCUCGAUCUCAGAGUGCAAUUCAUAGUUGGUUCUCUGACUUAGCAGGAAAUAAACCACUUGCUAUUUUGGCAAAAAAGGUUCCCAUCCUUAGUAAAAAGGAGGAUGUUUUUGCAUAUUUAGCUAAGUACUCAGUGCCAAUGGUUCGAGCGACCUGGCUGAUCAAGAUGACUUGUGCCUAUUAUUCUGCCAUUUCUGAAGCUAAAAUUAAGAAACGUCAGGCCACUGAUCCCAAUCUGGAGUGGACACAGAUAUCUACCCGGUACCUUCGAGAACAGCUGGCCAAGAUUUCCGACUUUUACCACAUGGCGUCCAACGCGAGUGAUGGCCCGGUCCCCGUGCCCCCAGAGGUGGAGCAGGCCAUGAGACAGUGGGAGUACAAUGAGAAGCUGGCGUUUCACAUGUUCCAGGAAGGAAUGCUGGAGAAGCACGAAUAUCUGACGUGGAUCCUGGACGUCUUGGAGAAGGUCAGACCCAUGGACGAUGACCUGCUCAAGCUGCUCUUGCCGCUGACGCUGCAGUACUCGGAUGAGUUCGUGCAGUCAGCCUACCUGUCCCGACGUCUGGCCUACUUCUGUGCCCGGCGUCUGUCCCUGCUGCUGAGCGACAGCCCCAGCCUCCUUGCUGCCCACUCCCCGCACAUGUUGAUAGGGCCCAACAGCUCGAGUAUCGGGGCGCCCAGCCCCGGCCCACCUGGCCCCGGCAUGAGCCCCGUGCAGCUGGCCUUCUCAGACUUCCUGUCCUGUGCACAGCACGGGCCCCUGGUGUACGGGCUGAGCUGCAUGCUGCAGACGGUCACUCUCUGUUGCCCAAGUGCCUUGGUGUGGAAUUACUCCACAAACGAACGCAAGAGCGUGAACCCAGGCUCGCCCCUGGACCUGCUGCAGGUGGCCCCAUCCAGCCUCCCCAUGCCCGGUGGGAACACGGCGUUCAAUCAGCAGGUCCGAGCAAGGAUUUAUGAGGUGGAACAGCAGAUAAAGCAGAGAGGCCGCGCCGUGGAAGUCCGGUGGUCCUUUGACAAGUGCCAGGAGUCGACCGCAGGGGUGACUAUUAGUCGGGUUCUGCACACGUUGGAAGUCUUGGAUCGGCACUGUUUUGACCGAACUGAUUCCAGCAACUCGAUGGAAACGCUUUACCAUAAGAUUUUCUGGGCAAACCAAAACAAAGACACUCAAGAGGUCGCCCCCAACGACGAAGCCGUGGUGACACUGCUGUGUGAAUGGGCCGUGAGCUGCAAGCGGUCCGGCAAGCACAGGGCCAUGGCUGUGGCCAAGCUCCUGGAGAAGAGGCAAGCGGAGAUCGAGGCGGAGAGAUGUGGCGAAUCAGAAGUCCUAGAUGAGAAGGAGUCCAUCUCUUCUGCCUCCCUUGCUGGAUCUAGUUUGCCUGUUUUCCAGAAUGUUCUGCUAAGGUUUUUGGAUACACAGGCCCCCUCAUUGUCGGAUCCCAACAGCGAGUGCGAGAAGGUAGAGUUCGUGAACCUGGUGCUGCUCUUCUGCGAGUUCAUCCGCCAUGACGUCUUCUCCCACGACGCCUACAUGUGCACGCUCAUAUCCCGAGGGGACCUGGCCGUCACCGCCUCCGCGGGGCUGCGGUCACCAGCUGGUGAGAACGUGGACGAGCACUACUCCAAGGACCACGAGGCCAAGCUGGAGGAGCAGAGCAUCAUGGCGCACAUGGGCAUCGAUUCAGGAGCUGCUCACCUGUUUGACGAAGUGGACAAGAGUGACUUCAAAGCAGACUUUGGCUCGGAGUUCCCAAUUUUCUCUCCCAUGCCUGGAGAGUCCUGCGAGAAUGCCACCCCUUCCUUGGGCAGAAGAACGUCACUUAACGGAGAGAAGUUGGCCAAGAGGGAGAAACCCAGGGAGUUGAUCUUCCCAUCUAAUUAUGACCUCCUCCGUCACCUGCAGUAUGCAACGCAUUUUCCUAUACCUCUGGACGAGUCUUCGAGUCACGAGUGUAACCAGCGCACGAUCCUGCUCUACGGCGUGGGCAAGGAGCGCGAGGAGGCGCGGCACCAGCUGAAGAAGAUCACCAGGGACAUCCUGAAGAUCCUGAACAAGAAGAGCACCGCGGAGACAGGCGUUGGGGAUGAAGGACAAAAAGCCAGAAAGAACAAACAAGAAGCCUUUCCAACUCUGGAGACUGUCUUCACCAAACUCCAACUUCUUUCCUAUUUCGAUCAGCAUCAAGUGACAUCUCAGAUCUCCAGCAACGUGCUGGAACAAAUCACGAGCUUUGCCUCGGGGACGUCCUACCACCUGCCUCUGGCUCACCACAUUCAGCUCAUCUUCGACCUCAUGGAGCCGGCCCUGAACAUCAAUGGGCUCAUUGACUUCGCAAUCCAGCUACUGAAUGAACUGAGUGUCGUGGAAGCCGAGCUGCUGCUCAAGUCCUCCAGCCUGGCGGGAAGCUACACCACGGGGCUGUGUGUGUGCAUUGUGGCUGUGCUCCGGCGGUAUCACAGCUGUUUGAUCCUGAAUCCCGACCAGACAGCCCAGGUGUUUGAAGGGUUGUGUGGUGUGGUGAAGCACGUGGUGAACCCCUCGGAGUGCUCCUCCCCAGAGAGGUGCAUCCUCGCCUACCUCUACGACCUCUACGUGUCCUGCAGCCACCUCAGGAGCAAGUUCGGAGACCUCUUCAGUAGUGCCUGUUCUAAAGUAAAGCAAACCAUAUAUAAUAACGUGAUGCCUGCAAAUUCCAACCUGCGAUGGGACCCAGACUUCAUGAUGGAUUUUAUCGAGAAUCCUGCAGCCCGAAGCAUCAACUACUCAAUGCUGGGCAAGGUCCUCAGCGACAACGCAGCCAAUCGCUACAGCUUUGUCUGCAACACGCUCAUGAACGUCUGCAUGGGCCACCAGGAUGCUGGGAGGAUUAACGACAUAGCCAAUUUCUCCUCGGAGCUGACUGCCUGCUGCACUGUCCUUAGCUCAGAGUGGCUGGGGGUUCUGAAGGCUCUGUGUUGUUCUUCCAAUCACGUGUGGGGGUUUAAUGAUGUACUUUGCACUGUGGAUGUGAGUGACCUUUCAUUCCAUGAUUCAUUAGCUACUUUCAUUGCUAUUCUGAUAGCACGACAGUGUUUCUCCCUGGAAGACGUCGUGCAGCACGUGGCUCUUCCCUCUCUCCUAGCGGCAGCUUGUGGAGAUGCGGACGCAGAGCCCGGGGCGAGGAUGACCUGCCGACUCCUGCUUCACCUGUUCCGUGCGCCGCAGGCCUGCUUCUUGCCUCAAGCCGCCGGCAAACCUUUCCCUGGAAUAAGGUCGUCCUGCGACAGACACCUCCUCGCUGCUGCUCACAACAGCAUCGAAGUGGGAGCAGUCUUUGCUGUCUUAAAAGCAAUCAUGAUGCUCGGAGAUGCCAAGAUUGGCAGUAGCAGCGUCAGCUCUUUAAAGAAUGACGACUUCACCCUGAGGAGCUUGCGGCGGGAAGGGACAGCAGAGGACGUCCGGGCUGCCUCUCACGGUGCCAAGCCCUGCGCGAAGAGCAUCUCCAUAGAAACUGCCAACCUGAGAGAGUACGCUCGAUACGUGCUGAGGACCAUCUGCCAGCAGGAGUGGGUAGGAGAACAUUGCUUGAAAGAGCCUGAAAGAUUAUGUACAGACAAAGAGCUGAUAUUGGACCCCGUGCUUUCAAACAUGCAAGCCCAGAAGUUGCUGCAGCUCAUCUGCUACCCCCAUGGCCUCAAGGAGUGCACAGAGGGCGACAACCUACAGAGGCAACACAUCAAGCGUAUCCUGCAGAAUCUGGAGCAGUGGACAUUGAGACAGUCCUGGCUGGAACUUCAGUUAAUGAUCAAACAGUGCCUGAAGGACCCUGGCUCCGGUUCAGUGGCUGAAAUGAACAACCUGCUGGACAACAUUGCCAAGGCGACCAUAGAGGUGUUCCAGCAGUCCGCCGACUUGAACAACAACUCCUCGCACUCGGGCAUGGGCCUGUUCAACCCGAACGGCCUUGGGGGCGGCGACACCGGAGGCCCGAGGCAGAACGGAAUCAAGACGUUCCUCAGUUCCUCUGAACGCAGGGGCGUGUGGCUGGUGGCCCCCCUCAUCGCCAGGCUGCCCACCUCUGUGCAGGGGCGGGUGCUGAAGGCUGCUGGGGAAGAGCUGGAGAAGGGGCAGCACUUGGGUUCUUCUUCGAAAAAGGAGCGUGACAGACAGAAGCAGAAAAGCAUGUCUCUUCUGAGCCAACAACCUUUCCUCUCGCUGGUCCUUACCUGUCUCAAGGGACAGGACGAGCAACGCGAAGGUCUGCUAACGUCCCUCCAGAAUCAAGUUAACCAGAUUUUAAGUAACUGGAGGGAAGAAAGGUACCAAGAGGACAUCAAGGCUCGGCAGAUGAUGCAUGAAGCGCUGCAGCUGCGUCUGAACUUGGUGGGAGGGAUGUUCGACACGGUGCAGCGGAGCACCCAGUGGACCACAGAGUGGGCCCUCCUGCUGCUGCAGACCAUCACCUCGGGAACGGUCGACAUGCACACCAACAAUGAGUUAUUCACGACCGUUCUUGACAUGCUGGGAGUUUUGAUCAAUGGGACCUUAGCUUCUGACCUGUCAAGUGCAUCCCCUGGGGGAUCCGAGGAGAACAAGCGUGCAUACAUGAAUCUAGUCAAGAAGCUGAAAAAAGAGCUGGGAGACAAGCGGUCAGAGAGCAUUGACAAAGUCCGGCAGUUGCUGCCACUGCCGAAGCAGACAUGUGAUGUCAUCACCUGUGAGCCGAUGGGCUCCUUGAUCGACACCAAGGGGAACAAGAUCGCAGGAUUCGACUCCAUAGAUAAAAAGCAGGGCCUCCAGGUCUCCACCAAGCAGAAGGUGUCCCCGUGGGACCUGUUGGAGGGCCAGAAGAACCCUGCUCCUCUGUCCUGGGCCUGGUUUGGGACCGUCCGCGUGGACCGGAAAGUGACCAAGUACGAGGAGCAGCACCACCUGCUCCUGUACCACACGCACCCCACGCCCAAGCCCCGGAGCUACUACCUGGAGCCGCUGCCCCUGCCCCCCGAGGAGGAGGAGGAGGAGCCCGCCUCGCCGGUGUCUCAGGAGCCCGAGAGGAAGUCGGCCGAGCUCUCGGACCAGGGGAAAGCCGCGACCGAGGAAGAGAAGAAGAGCAAGGGCAGGAAGCGCAAGGCGAAGUCCAGCUCCCGGGUGGACGAAUAUCCACAGAGCAGCAUAUACCGAGUGCCUCCCAACUACUCCCCCAUUUCCUCCCAGAUGAUGCCCCAUCCGCAGUCCACCUUGUGGGGAUACAGCCUGGUGGGCCAGCCGCAGCAGCCCGGCUUCUUCCUCCAGAACCAGACUCUUACUCCAGGUGGCUCCAGGUUGGACCCUGCAGGCUCCUUCGUCCCAACCAACACCAAGCAAGCCCUGUCCAACAUGCUGCAGCGGCGCUCAGGAGCCAUGAUGCAGCCACCCUCCCUCCAUGCCGUCACCUCACAGCAGCAGUUGAUCCAGAUGAAGCUUCUGCAGCAGCAGCAGCAACAGAGGCUUCUCCGGCAGGCCCAGGCCCGGCCUUUCCAGCAGGACCUCUGUGCCUCUGCGGUCUCCCUUCUGGAAGACUUUGACAACGCCAUGGGCCCACCCGGGGACCAGGCUGCUCUCUUUGCUGCACAGGCUCGGCCCUCCCCGCAGGCCCCUCAGUAUCCAGGGCUGCAGCAGGCACAGACCAUGCCCCAGGGCUACACCAUGUACGGGACGCAGGUGCCUCUGCCGCAGCCAGCGCAGCCCCAGGCCGGCGGCGUGGUCCUGUCCCCCAGCUACGGCUCCCGGGCCUACCCAGCCGCACACUCCAGCCCUGCGCUCAUGGAGAGACUGAGGCAGAUCCAGCAGCAGCCCAGUGGCUACGUCCAGCAGCAGGCCCCGCCCUACCUGCAGCCCCUGACGGGCGCCCAGAGGAUGAGCCACCAGGCUCUGCAGCAGAGCCCCCUGGUGGGCGGGGCCAUGGACGCCGUGCUGACGCCUGCACACCCCAGCCUCCCUUCCGUGCCCCUGCCUCAGGACCCCAUGAGGCCCCGGCAGCCACAAGUCCGACAGCAGCAGAGACUCCUGCAGAUGCAGCAGCCCCAGCAGCCGCCCCCGCCCCAGCAGCCUUCACAGCCGCAGAGCCAGACCCUGGGUCUCCAGGCCGUGCAGCCCCAGCAGCCUCUGUUCCCCCGGCCGGGCUUGCAGCAGACCCAGCAGCAGCAGCAGACGGCAGCCCUGGUGCGUCAGCUCCAGAAGCAGCUUUCUAGUGCUGAAACAUUGUUGCUUAGUGGACUUCUGCCAUCCAGGCUUCUGCCAGAGCCUCUUGGAAGUUGCUGCAAGCAGCUUGUUUUCAGUGGUGAGAGCAUUGACCAGAGUCUUCAUGAAGGUACAACAUGUAAACCCUGAACACCUGGAAGGAACACCAUGGAAUCAUUCCCUGAUUUACUGCCAGUUUUGGGAAAAUAUACAGAUUUGGUCUCCAGAACAUUAUGCCAACUAGAGAAAAGAAAAUCUCACAGCUGGCCCGAGAUUCCACAGUGCUCAGACUUAACAUGGUUUGUAGAGACUCUGGCCUCAAAGUCCAGAAGACUCUGGUUUUCCUAAAAGGUGUAUUUGCUGUUAAUUUUGUAUGGUAAGUAUUUGCUACUUUGAAUUUAAUUAUUAAUGUUGGUGUCAGUCUUGGUUGUGUAAUGCAUAUACUGUAUUUAUAAAUUGGUGCAAAAAGCACAAGUAAAUUAUACAUUAAAUUUAUUAUAAAGAAAUAGUAACUAUUUUAACUUUGUUCAAGUAUGUGGUAAUUUGCUCCUAUUAGAGUAAAAAAAUACAGUAAAUUAUUAUCAGUUUGUGUAACUUAAGAGUAUUCCAUAUAAUAUUUUUUUAGAUUUAGAUGCAUAAAAUUUUGAAUGUGAAAAUUGCAGGGCAUUUUAAAAAACACAUGUGGGGGAUGUUUUCCCAUGUUCUGUGUUAAUUCAUCUUUUGCCAUAUAAUUUUACAUGUAGUCAAGUGUACUGUGAAUAGAUUUGUCUAAUGAACAGACCAUGUAGAAUGACUUUUUUAAAAUGUAGCAAGUUCAACUUGAGUAGAUAAUUUCUUUUGCAAAUCAUUAUAUAAGUAAUUUGUAUCUAGGUGAGUUACUCAGUGCAAAGUUUGACUCAUGCAAAUGACCUCAAACACAUGUCAGCUUCCUCUGCAACAGCAACAUCUAUGUGAACCGCUUUUGUACACUGUGAGAACAUUCACUCCAGCCUGCCCACUCUGGGUUUACCCUGGGCUGGAACAGACUUUGCCAAAACAUUAAAGACAAUUCUUUUCACUAAAGUAACAUCCCAUCUGCUUUCCGAAGAAGUAUCUUUACAUUUCAGUUGGUUGUGUAGAUCAGGUUUGUUCUCUCCAGAAUCACACUCAGUUCACGAAGUUGUUAUUUUUCUCUGGAGUAGUGGAUAUGUCUGGUGACUGAAGGGCAGAACCCCUGAAACGUGAAUGUUGUGCCUAGUAAGCAAGUCCUGUCCUGUCUUUGGUCCUUGUUUUUAAGAAUCAUUGGUAUUUUUAAAUGCCAGUUUUCAGUUUGAACCAUUCAUAUUUGUAGCUCAGUAUUGCAAACAGAGCAAUACUGUGUCAGGAUCGAGUGUUGUAAUUGCAUAGCAUUUGUAUGCACUUUACAUUUUGCAGAAGUUAAUUUAUUAAUCAUUUUGCACAUGAAGGCUAUGGGGAGCACCUUGUGGCCGUGUUCUUUAAGGUGAGGAAGCCAAGUCACGGCCAAGGCCCUCUAGUUCUGAAAUGCUGUGGAAGACUUAGGAAAAACAAGAGCUGCUUUUCUGCUGUGUUAUAAGGAAAGCAACUGGAAUUUUAUGUUAGUCACAUUUAAUUCUCUGUUCUGACAUUUGUUUUCUUUUGUAGCAAAUAUGGUAGUUUACAUUAAAGGGUUCACAAAGGAAAGCCCUGUGACAGAACCUUGUCAUUUGCUUAGUAAGUGUCAGAGAGGAAACUAGACUAAGAUAGAGACCCCAGCCUGUUCAAGACAAGACCUUGGAAUCUAAUGGAAUUGGGUACCCCUAUCAAAACGCCUGGAUGUGAGGACCCCUUAGACACACCCACUUAUGUCACAGACUUGUGCCUAAUCAGGGACCUUCAUCCUGUUACCCACCUGUCUUGGUCCAGAAGUAGAGGGAGAUCACUGUACGGGUGGCCUUUGACCUCACCACCCACUAGGUACCGAGAUUGACAGCAAGCGGGUGACCUCUGAGAUGGAGCCAGCUGACAUUGGAUAUGCUGAAAACACAUUGAAGGGAGGCCAUCCUCAUGUCUCAAAUGAUUGGCAGGGCCAGCGUGUCUCAGUGGACUGAGCUGUCUGUACAAAAUCCAUGACUUACAAUUCUAAAAUAACAGGUAUAAAUGCUGGAGAAAUUAUACGGGAAAACCCCAGCCUCUAGAAUUAGAAAAAUGAAUCAUAAUGUCCCCCAAAUUAAUUCAGGUUCAAUUAAGCAUGUAAUACAAAUACAGUGAAUUACAAAAAGCAACAUUUUUAUAGGGUUGAUCAAGUUUUUAAUACAGUGAAAUUUCAUUACGUAAGAGAUCCAGACUCCCAAACAUUUUCCCACCGCAUAAGGACUCAUCACAUGAUGAAAUGAAUGUCUGAGAGGCAGAUUCUGCCUCGGAGAACCUCCCUUUAACAGCUCCGAACCAGGAGUGCCCGAGCUAGAUCCUAGUUAGAGGAGCUUCGCUGUAUUUGUAAAAACCUUUAUAAUGGACAGAUUUGGACAAAGAUAUAAUCAGCGCCCUUUUCACAUUGUAUGGUGUGUGGAUGUCAAGUUGCUUUUUACAUGUGGAGAAAUUAGCCUGCAUUUAUUUUUAAAUGCAGUUAAGACGUUUUUGUACUCCCCAUCAAUGAGAAUCUUCAUCGCAAACAAAUGAUAAAGUCAUCAUCCAAAUAGUUCAGUGCUGUUUUCUGUAGGUUUAGCAAAAUAUUUAAACCAACGACAAACUCGGUACAUCAAGAUGGUAAAUGUGCAUAAGGACUGCAGAUGAAUCUGUUCCACCUACCGGCCCGAGCACCAUGCUUGUAACACUGAUAGAAGAUGCCUCUAGGCAACUGGUGGUAAAAGGAAAAUCAGUCCCUUCUUUACUGAAAAAUUCAGGUGCAUUAGCCAUUUGUUAUUUUAUAGUGGAUCGUUUUCUCUUAAUGUUUGUUGUUAUUUGUUGGCAAAAUAAAAGUGCCUUAAGUUAAAAGUUUGUGUUGAGAUCCAUUAAAGAAAUCAGUAUCAGUUCAUACUGCAUUAAUUUAUGUCUUUUUUUGCAUGUCCAUUGUAAAUUUAAUAUUGUAAAUGUAUCCAAGUUCAUUUACAUGCCUAUGGCUGCCUUUGAUUAAACUUCUUCCAAAAAAUAAAUUCUGUGCUGACGUCGACUUUGUUCAGUGUU